AUGCUUACUGAAAAUGGACAGGUACGUUGUUUUUUAUUAUAUUUUACAUCCAAAUAAAAACCAAAAAAAAGUGUUUUAGUUCAAACUUUUAUAAUUUUUGUCUUAAUUAUUUAACUAGGGUUGGGAUCUGAAGAAUGAAGGCAAGGGGAGAAACCGACUAAAAAUAGUUUUCCAAAUGGAAUUUGAGGUUUUCUGAUGGUCUUCGUUACAAAAGUUAAAAAAAACGUGGUCACAAGCUGCUUGUGCUAUUUUAUAAGAUCCCUAGCCUUUCCCUUUCUCCUCCCCAAACACUCACCCGCAUUUGUCAUAACUAGUACAUCUUUAAGUUACCCUACCCCGCUUUACUUCACCCUUAUUUACUCUAGCUUAUCUUGCCCAACUUACUUUUUUCUAUCUUACCAUAUCUUAUCCCAACCCACUUACCCUGCCUUACCCCGCCUUACUCUAACUUGUUUUACCCCACUUAUAUCCAUCUUACUCUGGUUUUGGUCUAGCUCGUUCCUAGCUAUACAAACCCUUGACAAUCCUAAAGUUUAGAAGAUUGCAAUGAUGCGAGACUACGUUAACAGUGGAGCAACAAGAUCCUACGAAUUCCGUAUAAAACAAAUCAAAAAGAUAAAGCAAAUGCUGAUCAAUGAGAAUGACAAAAUCUGUGAAGCCAUCUACAAAGACACUCGACGUCGUCAAGAGUUCACAGAGUUCUAUGAAAUGGGUGUAGCUCGAAUGGAAUGUGAGCAGUUCAUUGAUAAUCUCAAGGAAUGGAUGGAGCCAGAGUACGUUGAUCGUACUCUACUGUGUAUGUUGGAUACUCCGUAUGUAUAUAAAGAGCCAUUUGGAGUUUGUCUUCUGAUUUCACCCUUCAACUACCCUAUUAAUCUUACUGUACCUGCAUUGAUUGCCAUGAUAGCUGCUGGCAACUCUGUUAUCAUUAAGCCUUCUGAACUGUCGCCUCAUACGUCGGCAGUGUUUGAAGAGAUAUACCACAAGUAUUUUGAUAGAAGGCUGAUACAAGUGGUACAGGGGGAUGGUGAAUUUACAGCUGCGUUACUUGAAGAGAGAUUCGACUUUAUAUGUUAUACUGGCAGUGCUAGGAUUGGGAAGAUUGUUAUGGAAGCUUCUAGCCGACAUUUGACUCCGGUGGUUUUGGAAUUGGGAGGUCAAAGGUAAGGUUGUAGCAGCUUAAAUACAAGGUCCAGGCUCAGGCUCAGGCGCAAGCUUAAGCUCAGGCUUAGGCUAAAACUCAGGCUCAGGUUCAGGAUCAGGCUCAGGCUCAGGCUCAGGCUCAGGCUCAGGCUCAGGCUCAGGCUCAGGCUCAGGCUCAGGCGCAGGCUCAGACUCAGGCUCAGGCUCAGGCUCAAGCUCAGGCUCAGGCUCAGGCUCAGGCUCAAACUCAGGCGCAGGCUCAGACUCAGGCUCAGGCUCAGGCUUAGGCUCAGGCUCAAGCUUAGGCUCAGGCUCAGGCUCAGGCUCAGGCUCAAACUCAGGCGCAGGCUCAGACUCAGGCUCAGGCUCAGGCUUAGGCUCAGGCUCAAGCUCAGGCUCAGGCUCAGGCUCAGGCUCAGGCUCAGGCUCAAACUCAGGCGCAGGCUCAGACUCAGGCUCAGGCUUAGGCUCAGGCUCAAGCUCAGGCUCAGGCUCAGGCUCAAGCUCAGGCUCAGGCUCAGGCUCAAGCUCAAGCUUAGGUUCAGGCUUAGGCUUAGGCUCAGGCUCGGUAGCAGAUUACCUACUGUACCCCACUUUCAAAGCAUAAUGUGUUUUAACUUUAGCCCAGUACUAGUAGAUGAAACAGUCAACCUUGAAAUCACAGCACGGCGUAUUCUGUGGGGUAAAACAUCAAACGGUGGACAGACCUGCUUGGCUCCAAAUCACUUGAUUACUACUCCGGAGGUCAAAUUUAAACUGCUGCCAAUUUUGAAAAAAGUUUUGAUCGAGUUUUAUGGCCAAGAUGCACAAAAGAGCGACGAUUUGAUGAGGCUGGUUCACACUAGACAUUUUGAGUAAGUUUUUCUACCCUGCCCUAUCGUACCCUAUCGUACCCUACCGUACCCCCACAGUACCCUACCUUAUCCUAUUCUACCCUACAUUACUGUUCUUAAAUUUUUUAGCCGCAUCAAAGCCCUAGUCGACGCCACAAAAGGAAGUGUAUUCUUCCAAGCCGGUGAAUUCGACAGAGAUGAUCUGUUUAUCCCUCCAAUGGUUGUGGAAGUCGAUGAAGAUGAUUCUCUGCUGAAAGAAGAACUUUUUGCUCCAAUUCUGCCAAUUGUUUGUGUUGAAAACUUUGACGACGCUUACAACAUGGUGAAGAAAACUGAAAAGCCUUUAGGGGCUUAUAUUUUCACAAACAACAAGAAACGACAACAAAGAUUUGUUGAGGAAGUUCAGACUGGGAAUGUUGGUAUCAAUGAUUUGAUGCUGAAUUUUGCUAGUAAGUGGCACUUUUAAAAGUUUUAAACUUAGGCUUUGGCUUGAGCUCAAACACAAGAUUAUACUUAAAUUUAAGCUUUGGUUCAUGCUUAAGAUCAAGUCACGACUCCCCCAGGCUUAAGCUCAAAUUCAGGCUUAGUUAAAGCUUAAGUUUGGGCUUAGUUUAGAUUUGGCCUUAAGCUCAGAUUUAGGCUCAGACACUAAUUUUAGUUCUAGCUCUAGCUUUAGCUCUGCCUGUAGCUCUAGCUCUAACUCUGGCUGUAACCUACGUUUAUGCUGAAGCUUACUCUCAGUCUCAAGCUUUGUGGGCCGAGGCUUACGUUGUUUUAAGCUUAAGCAGAAGCUUAAACCCAAACUUAAGCUUAAACGUAAACUUGUGCUCAUGCUUUGGUUCAAGUUCAGGCUCAAGUUGAAGCCCAGGUUAUAGCUCAAGCUUAACUUAGGAUUUUUUGCCUAACAUAUAUGAACUUGCAGAAUUGCCAAACUCUUAAAAAAACCUUAUUUUCAGUUGACACACUACCAUUUGGCGGUGUAGGUCACAGUGGAAUGGGUCGCUACCGCGGCAAGUCCGGCUAUGAUACUUUCAGUAACUGGAAGUCCGUUCUUCACCGAGGGUUCUUCGCUGACAAUUUGACUGCGUAAGUGAAAACAUAUUUUACAAUAUUGUACUACCCAUUAUACCCAAAUUGAAAUUCUAUUUUACUUUGAAAUUUUCAGCUGCCGCUACCCACCAUGCACCCCAGAAAAGUAUAAGAUGAUGCAAAAGUCGGGGUCUCGAGUAGUUGUACCUAAAUCAUUCAAGAAAACGAUGUCCAUCUUACCAUGGGUGCUGCUCGGUGUACUGUUGAACAUUCUACUACAAAAAGUGCUUUAA